GACCGAGCAGCCCGACUAGAUGAGCAGCGGAUGAGAAAGUCCAUGAUCGAGUCCCUCGAAUACUUCCAGAAGUUCCCGAGCAAGACAACGAUCCUGCGUGACAAUGGGGCCCCGGUUAUGAACAAUAAUGUAGGACCAGCCCGAACAAUUACAGCAGGCUCUCCCAGUCAGGAGUCCAGCAGCGACCCAGCC